CCAGAGGCCGAUCUUUGCUGACUAGGCGCCGACGAAAAAAUGGUCAAGACGUUUCAGGCAUAUUUACCGGACUGUCACAGGACCUAUUCUUGUAUUCAUUGCAGGGCACACCUAGCCAACCACGACGAACUCAUAUCGAAGUCGUUCCAAGGUAGCCAAGGUAGAGCAUAUCUUUUCAAUUCCGUCGUGAACGUUGGAUGUGGACCGGCAGAAGAAAGGAUAUUGUUGACCGGCUUGCACGCUGUUGCUGAUAUCUAUUGUGAAUGCUGUAAGACCACUCUUGGUUGGAAAUAUGAACACGCGUUCGAGUCUAGCCAAAAAUAUAAAGAAGGCAAGUACAUAAUAGAACUGGCCCACAUGAUAAAAGAAAACGGCUGGGAGAGUCCGCCAAAGAAAUGAAUUUAUGCUGUCGCUCUUAAAAUGCAUGUGUUAUAUACGGUUUCCAGUUAAUAAUCUCAUUUCACACGAUUGUGACGCAUUUUUAUCAUUUGGACGGUCCGUUUGACCUACAGGUCAAAUCAUAAUGAUUUAUUCGAUUAGUGAAUACAUUCAGUUUUUGAUGUUUAUUAAUGUGCAUGGCAUUUGUGCAGAUCAACCCAUGAAAUCGGUUGUACUCGAUAGACAUACGAUAUUGAUUCAGUUACAAGAUAGCUGACAACAAAGUGCCGUGCAUCUAACUUGUUAUUUUGUGCGUUUAGUUUUAUAAAUUUACGAUGUACCUAAAUAAAUUACUAAUUUUGUGAUAAUAUUACCUUAAGAGUAAACUAUGCCCAACAUUGAAAACAGUUAUCUUCUGAAACUUUAUUUUUCAUUGCAUACUCACAAACGCUAAAUUAUCUAUCAUAUGACAAUUGUUAAUAUCUAUUAAGAUAGUUUAAAAAAGAAGUAUAUUUUAUAUUCAAAUACAUGUUAUAAAUUAAAUAUAUACGUGGAUGUCAAAAAAAUGUUGAAAUGUUGAAAUUGACAGUUUGAAUUAAAUAGUAAACUAUCUAUCUAUACUGUCAAAACUUAAUACAGGGUUUUCUUUAUUUACUAUAAAUCAGUUUAAUCAUUGUUGAUGGAUACCUUUAAAUAUUUACUAUAUUUCAAAGUUCUUAUUAGUUCACUUUGAAAUGUGUUAAAAUUAUUUCUGUUUUAAGAGUUUAAUUUCUUCUUAGUUUUUGGGUAAUAUAAAUAUAUUUUAAUUAAAACUAUUCGUGUAUUACUUUAUAUUCACUAAAACUAACUACAAAGAGUUUUGAUUUAUUUUUUCAACAAUAGAUUACUUUGAGUUUACGAUUUAGUAGUGUUUUAUAAUAUAUUCCCAACUAUAAAUCAACAAGUUUUGAACAUUUAGAGUUAUACUAAGACAUCAUUUAGUAACAGCCAUUUAAUAAGAAUUAUUCGUAUAAAAUUGUAAUGAAAUGUUUGUAUAAUGUUCAGCAAGAUUAAAAAAUAAAAUUCCCCUGUUAUAUCUUUCAUUAAAACAAAUUAAAUUUACUGAAUGAUAUAAUUCGUAAGUGAAAACUUUAGUAUUUUAGGUUUAGUAAAAUAAUGAUGUUUGUAAAUUAUAUUGUGCAUUAAUUUAUACCUAGUCGAUAGGAACUGUAAUUAAAGGCUAUAUCAUAUAAUAUUACAUAUAUGUUUUAUAAUUAUUUUACAAAAUUUAACUCGAAUGUACUUAAAAAGCUCCUUGGUUUAAAAUAACUAAUAAUCCAUAUUAGAUACAUACAAAACAAAGUUAAUUACAUUCUAUUUAUAACCAUGGCUUAAUUUAGUUUAUAACUUCCAAUAUACGAUUAACACAUUCACUUUUUUUUUUUUUUUUUCAAAUACAUACAUUUGUUUAAUAAUAAUUUAGUGUAAAUAAUAUGAGUGUAAAAAGUUCCUGUAACAAAACCUUUCCACUUUGUCUUUGACUAAAUUGAUCUCAAAUAUUUUUUUUCACUUUUGACUGUAUUCAAUUGUUUCUACAAACUCAACAGACAUUAUUUUGCUUUAUAAAAAUCCCAAAUUAGUUUAACAAUUUGAAUCUUGUAACGAGUUGUAUGCUAAAAAUAUUUGAAAUUAUAAUAAAGUAUUGGUUUGACAAUUAGAGUCCAUAAUGAUUGGGUCUCUUUCUUUUUUUUAAAUAAUUAAAAAUGUUACUUUUAAUUAUUAGUCAGUCACAUCUUCCACAAAUUGACUUAUUAUUUUUUAUAUGUAAUUGAAAUUAUAUAAAUAGAUGUAAUAUUAUAAAUCUUGCUGUUUAGUUUGUCAUUUGUUGAUAAAUUCCAUGAUCUCUUGUGGUAUUUGCUUCUUUUUUAAUUGUGUAUUUUAAAGAAAACGAUUUCAGAAAUUCAUAAUUAAUCAUAAAUUCUUAAGUAAAUUAUUUUAUUAAGUUCAUUCUCAUAAUGUUAUUAAUAAACGCUUAACUUCCAUCGUAAAAUAUUUUGAAUUCAUAAAUUCUUUUAUUAUUAUUAACUAUUAAAAAGCAAAAAAAAAACUACAUGUUUUAAUUGUUCAUUAAAUUAUAUUAGUUUACCUUCAUUAGAAUUAUAUAAUAAUGAAAUAAUUUUAUAUUCUUUUAGAUGAAUUUUAUUUUUGACAUAAUACAAAAACAUAGUGUUAAUCUUGAUGAUUAUUUUAUUAAUGUGAAUUUCGAAUGAUGAAUAAUUUUUGUUUUAUUUAUAUUUAAAUUUGACUUCUGAUAUCUACUUUAGUCUAUUAUUUUUAAUUAUUACUACUCAUUAUUCUUUUCUGUUAGUUGUACAGAAUGUUAACAUUGUUUUUUUUUUAAUUUUAUACUUAACAAUAUAAUAUACAAUAUAAUAUUAUUAUUAAUUUAUGUACAAUGCUUGACAUAAUAUUUUGAGUUGUGAUGUUUUUUUUUUCAAAA